AUGUCCACUUCCGAAUCACAGCAUCCACAAAAUCCCAAUGUCAAUAAUAAUGAUCCAAAUGGAGUAAUUAACUUUAACAAUAUAAGUGAUGGAAACAACAUUAACAUUCCGAUUAAUCAAAAAAGAAAAUCUUAUCAAGUUCGUGCUUUGGCUAGAAAAACUGUUUCGUAUCAAAAAAGACAAAAGUGUACAAACUUCUGUUGUAUCACACUUUGCCCUAUGCUUAUGGUGGCUAUAGCUGGUAUUUUGGGUAUUGUAAUUCAAGGGCUUAUCGAUGAAGCAAGUUCAUCAGACGUAUAUCCGAAGUCUGGAUGGUUUGGGACAUACUCGUUGGCUCAAUAUCAAACAUUCCCUUGGGCUUUUGUUAGAGAUGCUGAUGGAAUGGAUUACGGUACUAAACCCAAACUUGCUCCCGUGUCAAAUGUUGAUGAAUUUUAUCCUGAAAAUACAAUAUUAUCGCAGUCUAGCGGAUUGCUUGGACAAAUUGAUACGGAUUAUUACGCAAACGUUACAUCGAGUCCUUUUGGUUAUAACGUAUCCUCAUUUCAACCCGUUCCUUUCUUUGAUAAAAGACAAGGAUCAAUUGAAGAUUUCGAUAAUUUAAUAUCGGACAGCAUAAGAGAAAUCAUUAAUGAUUUAGCUUUAGUUGAUAAAUCUGUUAUUGAAAUUUCAAAAAUUAUAACUAAAAUGCCUUUUGGAAGUGUUUUAUUUGAUAAAAUUGAUCCUUUAUUAAAACAAUGGGAUUACACUUUGCAAAUCGGUGAUGAUAUUAGGAUUAGUAAACUCGCUACCUUUCCUAGUCAGGGAUUACGUAGAAUGAUCCAACAAAGUCAAUUAUCUAAUGCGUUCAUUAAGACCGUGAAUCAUACUGGUUUGGCUGAUACAAUCGCCGAUGUAAAAAUCACCCCCACUUAUAGAAUUAUGCCAUAUCUAAUGUCUACUGCCAUUGUCAAGUCUAGUGGUACCCUUUUUGGUGACAUUCUUUACCCGUUCGGUAUUUCAUUCCUAUUGCCUAUCUUCGUGAUCUCCCUCGUUAAAGAAAAAGAAGAACGUAUCUUAGUCAUAAUGAAAAUGAAUGGAUUGAAAAGUUUCGCUUAUUAUUUGACUCAUUACAUUCAUUUCUAUACGUUACAUAUCAUCACUUCCAUUGUAUUUGUUAUAACCGGAUUAUUCUUUCGUAUGGAGAUAUUCACUAAAUCUCAACCAUCAGUAUUUAUUAUUCUUUUGUUCAUUUGGGUGUUGUGUGGUGUUAUCGUCAGUUUGGUCACCGCAUCAUUAUUUCAAGGUCGAGAAGCUAGCGUGCAACUUACUCGGAAACCUUAUACAUUAAGUGAUUUAAAGUGGGGUAAUGAGGUAUUAGUUGCCAUGAUCUCCUUGGUGAUAGAAUAUUUCAUCAUCAUGUUAUUGUCGGCUUACUUUACCAACGUAUUACCGUCAGAGUACGGUGUACAUGCUGCACUUGAAAAAGGAUUAAUUGCAGGUGAGAAAAAAUUUAAAGAAAUUGAUAAAGAUGAAAUCAUGCUUGAAGAUGACGAUGUUAGAGAGGAAAGAAGGCGCGUACUAGAGAAUAGAUAUGACAAAGAUUCUCCUUUGGUCGUGAAACGUAUGAGAAAAGUUUAUCCUUCUGGAAAAUUAGCCGUCAAAGAUGUUACUUUGAGCGUUGAUAAAAAUUUGAUCUUUGGAUUACUUGGUCCUAACGGUGCAGAUACACAAAUGGAUGAAGUGUACAGAAGUAUUGGAAUAUGCCCACAGCAUGAUAUCUUGUGGGAUGAUUUAACGGUACUUGAACACUGCCUCUUCUAUGCUCGUAUCAAAGGUAUACCGGCCAAGGAUGAGUUAGUCGCAGCUAAACAAGCUUUAAAACAAGUUCGAUUGGAAGAUUUUGCGGAUCGAUUAUCCAAGGGACUUAGUGGUGGUGAAAAACGUCGCCUUUCUAUUGCCAUUUCAUUGAUUGGUAAUCCUGUCGUUGUAUUUUUGGAUGAACCUACCACUGGUCUGGAUCCAGAAGUGAGAAGAUUAAUUUGGAAUAUUAUUAAUGAGGCAAAGAAAGAAAGAACUAUUGUUUUGACCACCCAUAGUAUGGAAGAAGCCGAAGUUUUGUGCAACAGAAUAGCUGUAAACCUAAAAACGUCCAAAAUGCCACCAGAUUCUUUUACUACGAAUGUCUCUUACGAAUUUGAGGCACAACCUGGACUUAUUGCCAAACUAUUUGAAGAAAUUGAAAAACAUAAAGCAAAGAACGAUAUUGAUGAUUGGGGUCUAAGUCAAACCAGUUUGGAAGAGGUUUUCUUGAGAAUUAUUGGCGAAGCCGAUGCUGAAGUCGAUUAA